CGAGGACCAGAGAUGGCGAGGUUGUACGCCGCCGCCUGCCGCCAGGGGUCGCUGCCAGUAUACAGCACACGGGUUCCGGUGGUGGGGCAGUACAGGUCGGGGAAAACCUGCUUCAUCAAGAGGCUGAUGGGAGAAACGGUCAGGGAGGAGGAGGAGGAACCUAUCACUGAUGGAAUCAACAUCAUUUCAGAUGUCCAGACCAAGACAUAUAAGAAGUCACAAGAGGAGAUAGAUGAGUUGGCAGGACCAUUGCUCCAAAAGCAACCAAGCAAGCAAACAAGUGAUAUUGCAGUUGGAAAACAAGCAAUAACAACUGACGGGACUGAGGACUUUGACAAUGUCGUCACCAAAGUCAGCCACAAGUGGGAAGACCUGGCGCGGCAGCUAGGGUGGAGAACGCGGAACCAGAUCAGAGAAAUCAGAGCCUCGGAACCUGACGAUGAACACAGGUGCAGAAAGGUGCUGGAAAGGUGGAGAAGCAAGAUGGGAAAGGAAGCUACUUUACAGGUUUUGAAACAGGCCCUCCUUGCUAUUGAUGAGAAUCAGGCAGUGGAGACCUUGGAAGCACAAGAAAAGAGGCCACUCCCACCGUCAGAAAACCUUGAGAAACAAAUGCAACCAGGAGGAUCAAAAACACCGACGAAGAUUACUGAAGAAGUAACUAACGUAGAAGGUGAAGAAGAAUAUACAAAGGAGGCAACAGAGAGCCCCGAAACCUCCACGAUUCCAGACAUCGUUGUUGAAGCAGCGGAAAUGCGUAAGGCCGGUAUCACAGAGGAAGAAGUUGGAACUCCUGAACAUCCGCGUUUGUCCUUCUGGGAUUUCGGCGGCCAGGCGACUUACUACGGGACCCACCACUGCUUCAUCACCCACAGGGGAGUCUACAUCCUCGUCAUGUCUCUGCUGCAGAAACUGUCCGACCCUGUACCGGACCUGGACUACAAGGCGUCUGUGGACAACCUAAGAACGGGAGGAGACUAUCUGGACCACUGGCUGAACACAGUUCGCUCUCACACUCUGCAACACCAAACUGGGCAACCGAGACGGCCCCCAGUUAUCAUUGUCCUCACGCACAAGGACAAGGUCUCCAAGGAGUACAUAGAGAAGUACAAAGAAGAGAUACGGAACCACAUUAAUGAUAAGGCGGCAGGCAGCCUUGUUAUGCCAAAAAUAUUUGCAGUGGACAACACAACUGAGGACGCAGCAGUUGACGAGAUUCGUGACUACAUACGGCUGGUGGCAAGCCGUCAGCCGCACAUGGGCGAGGAAAUACCCAUCCCAUGGCUUCAUCUCAAGUCUAGACUGAGGAAAAAGCGAGAGGAGCGUCCGUUUGUCAAGUUCCAGGACGUAGCCGAACUGGCCCGAGAUCCAGACAUCAACAUCACAGACGAGCACACCCUCGCCUUGGUUCUCACCUUCCUCCAUGAUCGCGGUGACAUCAUCUUCUUUGACGAGCCCAGUCUCCGUGAUGACGUCACCCUGCAGCCACAGGUGUUAAUUGACGUCUUUAAGACCAUCAUCACAGUUCCUCAGUAUCAGCAAGACAGGGUGACGGAUACACAGGUGAGAAAGAUGUGGGAGAGGCUGGAAAAGGAAGGAGUUCUCAGCGAUGAGUUGCUGACAAGGAUCUGGGGAGAGAAGGACCAACAACUGAAGAAGCCAUUUCUGCUCCAACACAAGUCCUUCCUGAAGGCGCUCAUGGAGAAGUUCUACCUCAUCUGCAACGCCACAACAAUAGGUGAUGCCACUGACGAAGCCCAGCAGGAAGAGAUUUAUUUCGUUCCUGCACUCCUCAGCUGCGAGAGGGACAACGCGAGGCUGUAUCCCGGCAACAUGUACAUCUGUCCACAGGCGCUAUACUUGAGUGAGCAGUUUCUACCCAGCGGCAUGUUCAGCCGUCUGCAAGCCUUGUGUGUGCGCAGGUUCGGACUGCAAGAGUCCUGCGUGUUUGCCGGUUGUGCUCGCUUCCCUACUGACGACAAGGAGCAAGCGUUUGUCAUCACCAAGGUUAACCACUACUUGAAAGUGGAGCUUCUGUCGUCUUCGAACGUCUUCACAGACGGUCUCCGGGUCAGGAAGUUCCUGAGUAGCGCCCUGUUCGAGAUCAAGGAGAAGUGGAUCCCCUGCAUCCAGUACGAGUUGUGCUGCUCUACACAAGAGGACAAAGGUGAACCUGCAUUCCGGGCAUUGCCGACAGAAUACUGGUCCCUGGAACACCUGUGGGGAAUACCAUCUGUGUUUCGUGCAGUCUGGAUGCCAGAUGGCCAACGCGAUCACACAGUUAACUCAGGAGGGGACGGUCCGGUGAUUCUACAGCCAUUGGGAGACCCUGACACCAUCGUUGGGAUGCGCACGAUCGGCCCCGUGUUGGACACCAUGGAGCAGGGAGGAGUACUGACACUGGACCAGUGUGACCACAUCAGGAACCAGCUAACACCGAUACAACGGGUCCUGGAUAUGAUGAGGCAGGGCGAAGUAGAUCCGUAUCAGCUGGGAGCCGCGGUGGAAAUGUGCUGCCCAGCGUUUGUGGAUCUCUUCUUGAGAGAGAAACGAGGAAAAGAACUUGUCAUCCUCCACGCGGACGACUACACAGCAGAGUUCGUCCUGCCUCUCCAGACAGCCGCUAAGGAGUCGGGACUGCCUUGCCUCACGGAGGUCAUCACGGGAACUGACUCCAUCACAGAGAAAACAGUGGAACUUUUGCUCAACACGAACGACAGGAUGGUUGCUCUGGUCAUCAGUCCCCAGACGCUACAUCACAAACACUGGUCAAACCUCGACUAUGAGUUCCAAGUUCUGAACCAGAAGCUACUGCUGCCGAUCCUGCUGUACCCAAAAGGCUCCCAAGACAGGAUGGUCAAGGUGCUCCAACAACGGUCUCCUGUCCUCUUCAACAUGAAGCAUGAAGAGAUUGAGAUGGAAGGAGAGGCAGUACCAGAGGAAAGACUGCUGAAAAUCGUGCACAACAUGCUUUUUGGAAGCAUUUUCAGUCCACUGGACGAGGCGGGUUUCAAGUCACUUUUAAGGGCGUGGUCUGCACGAACCGGGAAGCAAGAAAGUCAAGAGAUAAAAAGACCUCAAGACCUGAUGAGGGCAAUGGCGAAGACUGGCUACAUCACAGCUGAUGACUUCGAGACGCUGGAAAAGGACAUGAUCGCGGCUGGAAUCAGCUUUCCGGUUAUCGUACGAGACAAUCCAGUGCCAGACGAGUUUCAGUACCAAAGGACAGCAGAGGCCUCUGUAGGACCGGUGGGUGGAAGAGUGGAGAUACCUGGUUUUGUGGAUCUUGCUGUGCCACCCGGCGCCCUUCAGACAGACACAACUAUCACCGUCUCCACCGUAGACAUCCCCCGUAUCUUGAGGAGUCAUGAAGGUGUCAGCUGGACCUCCGGCUACCCCUGGUCCCUGGGUAAGAACGAUUGUUCGCGUGAGAUAAUGAAUCAAGUGCUGUUUUCGCCGGCUGUUGAUAUCAACCUGCACGGUGCACAGCUGAGUGGACCCUUGGAGCUAAAGACGUGGAGGCCUCCUGGUUCUGGAGGCAUGGAGUGCAUUCUGCUAAAGCAUCAUGAUGGGGAAGGGUGGAAGGAUAUCACAGCUUCAACUUUGCUUCAUAUUGACUCAGACAGCAUAACUGCAUGCUGGUCAGCCUUCUGUACUCUCGCAUUUGCGUGGGUUCCUGCGAGGCAGCUUGAAGCAGUACAGCGAGCAAUAGUUCAAGCGUUGAUGUCAAGAACGUUAGACUGCCGGUUUGCUGGGCACAUCAAGCCCCAUGAAGAGGGUGUAGAAUUCCACGUUGUCUGUCGAGACCAGAGCGUUCAGUCGGAGGGGUACCGUCACGGUUUUACCAUGUGUGGAACAAACGAUGCUCACCGAAGCCUCUAUCAUCGCGAUAAUAUUGACGUUUCGGUAACUGUUGAUGGAGAUGUCAAACCACCCAAGCGUAUGCUGAUGCGAGCAGACCACUGUCGACGCACGGAGGGCCAGAGCGUUCAAAUGCUGCUGGACAGAUCUAAUGGAAAACAUGUCAAAGGAGAAGUGGCCAUUACAAAGUUUUCUGAGCAAGUGUGUCAUUUCAGUUUCUGGGAGGAAGGUGAUAUUCCGUCCAGUGUCCAGGUGUCAGCUGCCAAGCGAAGCCACGCAGCUGAAGGAUCUGACAGCGGCGUGUCAACACCAACGGAACAUUUGGAGUUUCUCGUCAAGAAAAGCCGGCAGUCAGAUGAUGGAGCAGGACCCAGUGGUAUGAGUAUUGGUUCAUGGACAAAGGGGAGCACUGCGAGUGGUGAAUCAGAAUCAGAAGACUCCGAUAUGGAGGGUCAAGAUCCUCCGAUUGUCUUGGGGGAUCAGCGACCCAUAGUCUUGCUGAUAAAUGACGAGUAUGGAACUUCAAAGGGAGGAAUUUCUACCAUCAACUGCCAGGCGAGCCAAACCCUGCAGGGUAAGGCAGUCGUGUACUGCACAGUCCUACAGCUGGAUGUGCCCAAACAAGAUCAGGAAUCAGCAGAGAGAGAUGAGGUCAAACUGGUCACACCCGAUCAACCAGAAGGAGACACGAGAGAGCCAUCCAUAGACUGGCUGACGUUUGACUACCAGAUCCGCUACCCAAAGUCGACGCUAACACUACAGGAAUACCAGCGAAGCCCCCACCCGAAAUCAACGCUACCACCACAUGUUGACGUCAUCAUCGGCCACGCUGACAUCACAGACACGGCAGCGCGAAACAUCCAGAACGAGUACUACAAGGACGAGGCAGACCUCAUCAUGUUCACUCACGUCUUACCCGAGGACACUGAGUACUUCAAGGGAGGCCAGAGGGCUUCGGAAAAAGAGGAAGCUAUGCUCAGUCAAGUUGACAAAGCAAAGGCAGCUUUCUCUGUGGGAGAGCGGAUCUACAGGCAUUUCAUUCCUAAAUAUGAAGGAGGCAAGACACCAAGAGAUCACCAUCCGUUCUUCCCGAGGCCAUCUAAGAUAUUUGAAGAAGUCGUCAUCCAACCUAAAAGCGGGGAAGGUGAGUUGGUGGUCUUGUCUAUCGGGAGAGUGAAGAAUGUUGAGAAUCUGAAAGGCUACAAUCUUGCAGCAAGGUCCAUCGGGAUUGCCAGAAAGAAUCUGAAGUAUCUGCGAUGGAUUACGCGCGGCAUCAGCAAGGAUGAUUGGAAGGAGAGCUUAAAGAUCCUGGAGGCCAACCUGAACAGCGGUGACCUGAUGCCCACCCUGCGGCCGUACGGGACUCAAAAGGACAUCAAGACUGACAUGAUGAUGGCCCACCUGGUCCUGAUGCCGUCCCGCUCCGAGCCGUUUGGGCUAGUUGGUCUGGAGGCCAUCGCAGCCGGCAUCCCUGUCCUCAUCUCCGACAAGUCAGGACUGGCGCGUAUGAUCGAGAAGCUCGUUGCUGAGAAGAAGUUGCCAAAGGGCCUACUGAACAGAAUCGUGGAGACCAGCGUGCAAGACAGCGACAUGGACGACACUGCCAAAACGUGGGCGCUCAAAAUCCGCGAAACUCUGAACGACACUGACACGGCAUUCUACCAGGCAAAGAAGUUCAAAGCUGCGCUUCUGGAGUCCAAGUACUGGGAGGACUCAGAGAGAGAGUUCCUGCGAGCCUGCGGUAUCACAGACGACAUGCCAAGCGGUGGAAUCUCGCCUGCUUCUGACGAGUAGCAGUCUGUGCGAACAACCUGCAGUUAAGUUUUUCCUUGAAUCCAGAUCUAGGAGUAUCAGCAUUGUUAUAGAGUGCUUGUAAGAUAAGUGUUUGUGUUUUG